ACACACCUGAAUUAAAAUAUGUAUAAGCAAACAAAGAGCAAAACACAGAUCACACAACAUAAUUGUUUACUUAUUUAAACAGGAACAAGCUAAGAUGUAGCCAAAUAUUCACAUAAUCAAAUAUUCAGCACAAAUGAAAAUUAAGAAUCGGUUGUUACUCAUGCUCAUUUAUCAACCAUUUUUCUUCAUAUUGAAUUUGGGAGAGCUCUGGGAACCAAUAGAGGACAUAAUGAAUACCUUCGUUUGAUACACAAGCACUUCAGUGGCUGCCCAUCAGAAAUGCAACCUGUAAUACUUUAACAUCUGUCCCCUUUUUUGCACCUCAUUCACAAAGGCACACAUACACCCACUGGCACCCACACCCACGCACGUAUAAAAGGCCAUGUUGGCCAUUGCAUAGAGAUUUUUCCUCUGUGUUGGUAGUGUACACGUACAGGGGCUUGUGGGCAGAACUGAUCUCAUAAGAGUCGAAAAGGCAGUCUCUGACUUUUAAUCACACUUUACACCAAAGACCGGCCACGAGUCAGAGAACAGUCUUUAAAUUGACACUCCACGGCAGGUGAGACACUCGGGUCACACAGUCGGUGGGUUCCAGUAAGAUAAACAUCCUCAGUGAUGUCAGCAUCGGGUGAUCCGACAAGGCUGUUAGAAGCUGAGAAGGUUAAGGAGCUGGUGACAGCAUGACUGAGAAGCAAACUCGGGACUAAUAUCUGACUACCUACUGUAGAUACCACAUACAGGACAAAAAACAGGUGCGUAUUGCUCAAAACCAGAAAGUCGUGCACCUGGCCGAGGCUGACGAACAUGGAGUCCGCUUUCUCAAGAGUGAGAUGGGAAUCUGACGUGGAGGAGGAGAUGUCUCCCAGAGGUCUGGCCAUGCGUCGCAAACGAGAAUUCAUCCCGGAGGAGAAGAAAGACGCGAUGUACUGGGAGAAACGGCGCAAGAACAACGAAGCGGCCAAACGUUCGCGAGAGAAACGAAGGGUCAGCGACUACAUGUUGGAGACGCGGUUGGUUUCGUUGAGCGAGGAAAACGCUCGGUUGCGAGCAGAGCUGUUGGCUCUGAAGCUUCAGUGCGGAGUGCUGAAUCCCAGGUCACCUUACUCCUCACCUCAGAGGGCCCGGUCUCAUACGUUUCCUACCUUGGCUCCACAAUCUCUGGUUUCUUGCUCAGACAAAGAUUUCUAUUGGGGUAAAAGACAAGAUAGGGAGUCUUCCAACCUUUCUGGAAACCAGCAACCACCCGUGUGUCUCGGUACCCACCCUGGGUCGGCAUUUCUGCCCACGCACCCCGUGGCUAUACGAAGAAAUUACCCAUACUUACUAGACCUCCCCAACCUCCAUUCUCCAACAACAGCACCUUUACUCUUUUCUCCACACCUCGCUCCGCCAACCGGUCAUUGGGCGGGGCGACCCCUGCUUCAUCCAGCGAAUCACAGGAUCUUGUCUGACGAGGAGGGUGAACAGCAGGUGCCGGCGGAUUGUACUGCCGCGCUACCUCACAAACUCAGAUUGAAGAUGCAACGCACAGACAAUGGUGCUAAAUCUGCUUCGCCGACCCCAGUGUAUGUAUCAGAUUGAAAAGCAAAACUGAAAAAAAGUCAUGUUUACGCUUUUGCAUUAUUGGCUUGUUUUGUAGUAAAAAUAUCGGAACAUUUCUAUUCAAGAUGCGUUCGGGUAGUUGACAAAUAUACAUUGCAUGUGUCUUAUGGUGUGAUUUAGCAAAAAUUUAGAAAGCAAACUGUUAAUAAUAUAUUAAUUUAUAUUAUUAAUAUUUAUAUUAUUAUAAAAAAUAGCAUACGAGAGACUUAUCCUCACAGGGUUUUAUUUCAAAAUGUUUGCUGUCACAUCAUAGGACAGAUUUACACAAUUAUUUGUCAACUACUCAUUUUCAUCAUAUAAGACGUGAAAUGAUGUGAUAUUCCCAGAUAGCACUGGUACGUCUGUAAGAUGUCUUCUAACGAUCUGGAAAACAUCUGCGGUUUAAAAACGUCUGAUAAACAUCUUAGAAAAAGCUGUUUUAUAUAUUAUAAAUCAUAAACAUCUUUCAAACAUCUUCUAGAUGUCUAUAUGACAUCUGACAGGAAACGUCCCAGAGACGUUUGAUUGCGAACAAUCAAAAAAAUACGCCUUGCAGAUGUACAGUAAAUGCAGACAUCAAAUAGACGUCUCCAAGAUGUGUGCUAUCAGGGAUUGUUUGCAAAGAGAUCCAACAAAAUGUAGCAAGGAUUACUCUUAAAGCAUUCAAUAAAAACUGGUAAAACAUAGUUUAGUAAAACAAUAUCAAAUAGUUUUAAUUGCUGUUAAGCAUCAUCAUCACUAAAUUUAACAUUUUCCCAGUGAAGCAGGAGACUCGUGGCUAAAACGACUCACUAGUCAUAAUAAUAGUCAAUAAUGUCAAUAAUGAGUCAUUUGUUGUAAUCACGUCAUGUCUUUAUUUUCCAGCCAAGCUGAUUCACUGUUGUGUUGCUUAUCAAAAAUAUUUGCGAAAGAUCCAACUGAAGUCACACAGACAUUGAAAUGGUUAUUUUUGAUGCCUCAAAGAGUCAGGUUGUCCUCAUUUAUAAUGGUUGCUACUCUCAGCUGAUACAAAUUGUUUGUACGUUUCUUCCAGAACAUAAGUGUGUUUCUAAGUUACCUAAUAUUUCAUAAAUAAUCAAACAGUUAUCUCUCAGGUAAAUCUACGCAAAUAUGUUCAUGAUCAUUUUAGUUAUUGAGCUAUUUUUGGAAAAACUCACCAUGGUUUCCAGAUGGAGUUCUGUUGACCAUCUCUUUUCUCUUGUUGGAUGUUGGAAAGCAUUUGUUGCGCAGGUGGAUGCAGCAUGUUUGUCAUUUUAUAAGACUUCCAUUUUGUCUUAUCCAUUUGGCUGUGUCAUGUGACAUUUCAAUCAUGUGACAUCACAUUUGACUCGAGAAUUAGCUGUGUUUUAAACAGCAUACUUAUAUAAAAUAUGACUUUUCUUCACAGUACAUACAGUAUGCUUACAUGCAUGUAUUGGGCACAUAGUAAGCUAGUGUUUUAUUCCAAACAUAUCCAGUGUCUUGGUCAACAUGGCUCCAUUUGCCCCUGCUGGUGAGUGUCAGAACUACACCACCUGGUUCUCAUCGAUAAACUUGUUCAAGUGCUUAAAAAUCUGAAACUUUAAAAAAGCUGGGUUGUUUCAAUCCAUGGUUGGCUAAAAUAUGCACAAAUGCACUUGCUGGUUUAAAUUAAGCUAGAGCCAACCAUGAGUUUAAAAAAACGUAGUGACAUCCAGAGCAGACAUUCAGUAGGACUACGAGUGUUUUCUAGGUAUCAAACCCAUGAACAUAAUAGUGUUGCUAAUGCAUUUCACAGAAUUAACAGCUGAGCUACACAUAUACAUAAAGCACAUGUACUGUACAUAAAGUGCUACUGAAGUUCAUUUGCUGUAAGCUUCAAUUCUGUUUGAUUGUGUGUCGUUUUCUUAUCACACAAUGCGUAUAUUCACAAUAAGUGUUUAUUGAUGACGCUUUGUUCAAAUUGUGCUGCCUUAAUAUCAGAUUGAGUGGCAAGUCAUUUAAGCAUUGCCUUUUAUCUUUCUUUAUUGACACAAUGACGAUUCUUGUUUGUGGUAUAUUACCUCUUAUUCCGGUUUUCUCUGGUAAUCAUUCUCUGCAAAGAUGCUUUGAAACGAUAUGCAUGUGAGAAGCGUUAUACAAAUAAAUGUGAAUUGUUUGUGAGGUAUCAUCAGGCAUUGUGAAAUAUAUCUUUGUAUUUGUAUAUUAGGGGCUGUUUUUAAUGACUAGCCUACUUGAAUAGACAAUAGUCAUUUGAACUUGGUCAUAAGAGUCUUAUUUUCAGGUUAGUCAGGUUGCAAUAUGCUACUAGAUAGAUCUUCAUUUUAUACAAUGAACCACAGAUUGUUUAUUCCCAUGUAUUAUGCAGUGUGCUUGUUUUGCAUUUAUAUACAGUACAUUCUGAAUAAUGACUUCAUAUGCCAACUGUAUGCAUGUUAACUACAACUGUUGACAAGUCAUUAGCUCUGGUGCUAAUUAUCAGGGAUAUCUGAAAUUCAUAUUAAAUAACAUUUGCAUAUUCACUUUUGAAUUCAAAUCAGCUUUGCUUACAGAAUGAAUUUUUGCGAAUUUAAGAUCCAUGACUCAUAUACUGUAAAACAAUCAAAUGUGAUACUAUUAAAUGUAAACGUAUUUACAAUUUGCAAUAAUUUGUAGUCACACGUUUGUUUUAUUGACGUUCUUUUUGUAACUUUUA